CCCGGCUCUCCCUGCCGAGAGAUGGGCCGGCCCGGCGGCGCGCGGGCAGCGGCGGCGGUGGCGGCCCAAGAUGGCGGAGCUGAAGCUGGACCCGGCGAUGGCGGGGCUGGGAGGGGGUGGCGGGAGCGGGCUGAGCGACGGGGGCGGCCCGGGCCGCGGGCCCCCCAGCCCUCGCCCCGCCGGGCCCACGCCCCGCGGGCACGGCCGCCCGCCCGCCGCUAUUGCGCCGCCGCUGGAACCGGGUCCCGGGCCGCCCGAGCGGGCAGGGGGCGGCGGUGCGGCCCGCUGGGUCCGGCUGAACGUGGGCGGCACCUACUUCGUGACCACCAGGCAGACCCUAGGCCGGGAGCCCAAGUCUUUCCUAUGUCGCCUCUGCUGCCAGGAGGACCCGGAGCUGGACUCGGACAAGGACGAGACAGGGGCCUAUCUGAUUGACAGAGACCCCACCUACUUUGGUCCUAUCCUAAACUACCUCCGCCAUGGGAAACUCAUCAUUACAAAGGAGUUGGCAGAAGAAGGUGUUCUGGAAGAAGCGGAGUUUUACAACAUUGCAUCUCUUGUGCGGCUGGUAAAGGAACGGAUACGGGACAAUGAGAACAGAACUUCUCAGGGCCCUGUGAAGCACGUGUACAGAGUCCUGCAGUGUCAGGAGGAGGAGCUUACGCAGAUGGUCUCCACUAUGUCUGAUGGUUGGAAAUUCGAACAGCUAAUCAGCAUUGGAUCUUCCUAUAACUAUGGAAAUGAGGAUCAGGCAGAAUUCCUCUGUGUUGUCUCCAGAGAACUAAAUAAUUCUACCAAUGGCAUCGUCAUAGAGCCCAGUGAAAAGGCAAAGAUUCUUCAGGAGAGAGGAUCUCGGAUGUAAAUUCCAGAUCCUUAACCAACAGGAGAGCAACCCGGCAGAGCACCUCGUGAAGUUAAAUCUUGCUCCUGUACAGUAACCGAGCUACUGCAAAGCAAAGCUGAGCCUGGCCCCCCAGUGGAGAAGUGUUCUGGUCAAAACCAAAGGAACCCCUGCCCCCACCCACAGGAACCUGAAGACAGAUACGGCUCCCGGCUGCAGAAUACCUUUUCAGAAACCUGCUUUUGUUCUCUUAGCCAGUGUUGUGACAAAUCUUUAUAACCGCAGCUGGGCUGGGUUCCCAGUUGGAGCCCUUAUGGACAUCUGGGGGAAGGGAAGAGGAAGGCUUAGCUCCUUGUACAUGCCCAUACUUCAGGGAAGCUGGAGCAAAUGAAAGAGGAUCGUCCCUGAGCUGUGCCAUAUUUUCACCUGAGUGCCACUUUGGACGUUGGCAGCUGCUUUGUAACACUAUCUUUCCCCUUCUCUGCACCCCAAACUAAUGCAGCAGAUGCCAAGGAUCGUGGCUUCAGUUUGUCAAAUUGAAUUGAGGUUUUGGAUAAAGGAUAGAGUUGCCAGAGUACCUCCACAUUCCCGUGAACAAAACCUCUUUGAGGAAGGGGAUGAUGGGGUGUCCUUGGUUGUGGGGGGGGGUUGGGGAUCGCCGCUCUGGGUUUGGGGCACUCAGCUGCUACCAUGUUCAUCCUUGCCUCAUUUACUUACCUCCAGUAGCUUACUUUCUCCCCAAGAGGAGGUCUGGGGCAGGUGGCAUCCUGCACUCUGUCACACAGACAGAUGGGAGCUUCAGGUAGUUGGUCUGUAGCCUUCACUCACCCUCCGUUGGUCCAUCUUCCUUCUCUGACUUUUUAAACUGGACCGAAGAUAAAAGGGACUUAGGAACCUCUGAUGGCUUGGGGUGGGGACAGCAUUUCUUUGAAAGUUGCCAGAUGUGUUAUGUUGUAGUAUCCAAAAGUGUUAUUUUUGUGACUGUCUCUUGGAAAUGCCUUGACUGAACAUUCAGUAUUUAUUUGUGUCUCUUCUCGGUUUCUAACCUUAACAAACUUGCCUGACAGGUGUGUCAGUGACCCCACACCAUCCCCAGUAGAGUGUAUGUGUUUGCCGGGCAGUCCAAGGAUGCCACCCCUUAGCAUCACUUCCUUCUUCAGAGUGCCGUGUCAUGGAGAAUCAAAUACUUGUUUGACCAAGGAGGGGAGUAAAGCCCUCCUUUGGGCUGGGAUCACGGAGUUUGUAGCUGGAUCUUCUCUCUGAGCUUUUGAGUCUUGGUGAGCAGUCAUCGAAUGCAAAGGGCCAGAGAAUCCUUAUUUUUCCCUAGAUGACUUUCCUAGUGUGGCAGAUGGCCCAGAGAAGGGGAAGGUGCCAUGGGACCCUCCGUCUGUACAGCCACCUCGUGCCAGUCACUCCUGGCUUCCUCCGCAGCGGAGUGUCUAUCUGCUCCACAGCUCAACUGCUUCCUACGUGGGUCUGGGGCUAUAAUUUUUGGAAAUGACUUACAGGCUGUGCUAAGUGUCUUUUGCGCUUGUGACCUGCCCAUGUGCAGAUGGCGUAACUCUUCUUCAGGAUUCUCGCUUUGACCUUACCUGUGUGUAGAGCAGGAUAGAAAUGUGUGCGCAGGGGUGUCUGCUGAUAUGUGAGCGUGCAUGUGGGCGUCGGCACCUCAGAACUCUGGCCUGUGCCCACGAUUUCUACAGCUGUAAAAUGUUACAGGAACUUCUCCCUACGGAAAAGCAGUCACCUUUCAAAAAAGCCACAGAUAUCAUCCUAUCAUCUUUCAGAAAAAAUAAAAAGAUUUGAGAGUGUCAAGGAAAAGCUGCUCUGACGAGAGUAAGACAGAGGACUUUGGAAGAGGUGCUCUUUGGCCAAUUCAAACAAGUAACGUUUGACUCAAAAGAGGGAAAGCAGCCUCAUUUGGAGCCUGAAGCCCAAUCAGAUUUGCUUCCCAGGGCAUGCCUGGUGACGGCCGUGCCCCCCAGCCUGCACAAAGGAGUGUCAAGCAAGGUGGACCAGAGGGCAGAGGAGAGCGAGCCCCUCAGAAACACAUGGUUACUCAUUUCUCUUUUCAGAGUCCCACAGAGGAUCCCGUAGAAAGGCUGCUGAGCCCCUUACUCAGCAGAGGAACAAACAGAGGUGACAUUUCUGCUCUCCUAGAGGGCUGGCUUUCGUGAGGAUUCCUUCCUCAUGGCAGCCCAGUGCCAGUUCAGUGCUCCUGAAUCUGAAGAUGAUUCAUUUCCUAAGGUUUCUGGAAAAGUACUCACCCCAGCCCUUUAUGAACCGAGUCAGUAUUUUUUCCUGAAAGCCUUCUCCCCCUGAAAGAGUCUGGCUGAUGACUUCGGAGAGAGGUCUUGCCAUCGGUUUGGGGGUGUCACAUGGCCAGUGACCCACAUUCUCUCCAGCUGCCCAGUGCUGCCAGGUGGGAAGGGUCUUCCUUCCUUCAUUCUGUGCUCAGGCCCGAGGCCACGGGCCAUGCAGGCCCAGCUCACGAAGCAGCCUGGCCUCUUCUAGGAAACGCCACAAUAGGGCGCUUCUGUCUUUCCCUCAGAACCUGCUUUCUCCUUGGCAGUGAGGCAUGGCCCAACCUCCUCUAGAGCGACUUCGUUUCUGCAGUCUUAACUGAUCUCAGGGGUGUCGGCGAGGUGUAGGGGAGGAAGGGACAGAGAUGCUGGGGGGGAGGGGAGGCCCAGAGGACACCCACACCCUCCAGCAUGGCCUUUGACCCAGAGGUUAGGGACCAUGCCUGUCACUUGUAGGGGCCGUUUGUUACUGUUUGUGUAUUUGAAUAAAGUCUGAAAUGCUGUGACCUUCUUUUGUCAAUAAAGACAUGAAACAAA